CAUCCUCCAUCCUCCGCCUUCUUUCCAGCAGAAAUGGCGGCAGCUGCGGCGGCUCGAGUUAUGUUGUUACCCGCGGCGCGGCGGCGGCUCUGGGGUUUCAGCGAGAGUCUCUUGAUCCGCGGCGCUGCGGGACGGUCAUUAUAUUUUGGAGAGAACAGAUUACGAAGUACACAGGCUGCUACCCAAGUUGUUCUGAAUGUUCCUGAAACAAGAGUAACAUGUUUAGAAAGCGGACUCAGAGUGGCUUCGGAAGACUCUGGGCUCUCAACAUGCACAGUUGGACUCUGGAUUGAUGCUGGAAGUAGAUAUGAAAAUGAGAAGAAUAAUGGAACAGCACACUUUCUGGAGCAUAUGGCUUUCAAGGGCACCAAAAAGAGAUCCCAGUUAGAUCUGGAACUUGAGAUUGAAAAUAUGGGUGCUCAUCUCAAUGCCUAUACCUCCAGAGAGCAGACUGUAUACUAUGCCAAAGCUUUCUCUAAAGACUUGCCAAGAGCUGUAGAAAUUCUUGCUGAUAUAAUACAAAACAGCACAUUGGGAGAAGCAGAGAUUGAACGUGAGCGUGGAGUAAUCCUUAGAGAGAUGCAGGAAGUUGAAACCAAUUUACAAGAAGUUGUUUUUGAUUAUCUUCAUGCCACAGCUUAUCAAAAUACUGCACUUGGACGGACAAUUUUGGGACCAACAGAAAAUAUCAAAUCUAUAAGUCGUAAGGACUUAGUGGAUUAUAUAACCACACAUUAUAAGGGACCAAGAAUAGUGCUUGCUGCUGCUGGAGGUGUUUCCCAUGAUGAACUGCUUGACUUAGCAAAGUUUCAUUUUGGUGACUCUUUAUGCGCACACAAAGGAGAAAUACCAGCUCUGCCUCCCUGCACAUUCACAGGAAGUGAGAUUCGUGUGAGGGAUGACAAGAUGCCUUUGGCGCACCUUGCAAUAGCUGUUGAAGCUGUUGGUUGGGCACAUCCAGAUACAAUCUGUCUCAUGGUUGCAAACACGCUGAUUGGCAACUGGGAUCGCUCUUUUGGAGGAGGAAUGAAUUUAUCUAGCAAGCUGGCCCAGCUCACUUGUCAUGGCAAUCUUUGCCAUAGCUUUCAGUCUUUCAACACUUCCUACACAGAUACAGGAUUAUGGGGACUGUAUAUGGUUUGUGAACCAGCCACUGUUGCAGACAUGCUACAUGUUGUUCAGAAAGAAUGGAUGCGGCUCUGUACAAGUGUCACCGAAAGUGAAGUCGCACGAGCCAAAAAUCUCCUGAAAACAAACAUGUUGUUGCAGCUUGAUGGUUCAACUCCAAUUUGUGAAGAUAUUGGUAGGCAAAUGUUAUGCUAUAAUAGAAGGAUUCCCAUCCCUGAGCUUGAAGCAAGAAUUGAUGCUGUGAAUGCUGAGACAAUUCGAGAAGUAUGUACCAAAUAUAUUUAUAAUAGGAGUCCAGCUAUUGCUGCUGUUGGUCCCAUUGAGCAACUACCAGAUUUUAAACAGGUUUGCAGUAACAUGUGUUGGCUUCGUGGUUAAAAUGCUCGUUAUCAAGGUUAUUUGAACACAUGUAUUUAUAAAACUGAGAUCUAGAAAAAAAUAAAAAUGAACAUGUAUAUACAUUUGAAUGAAAACAUGUAUAUACAUCUGGAAAUUUGAAUGAAAUACUGUAUCAUACUUUCAAAGGAUAAAAAGACUACCCCUCUGAAGGUUGUUUUGUAUUAAUGGUCAAUCUUUGUUCUCUGAGAAAUUAUGUUGCAAGCAGCAUACUUUCAAAUUACUACCAUAAGUAUAAUUUUAAGAAUGAAAAUGUUUACAGUAUUUUCAGUUUUAUUAUAAAAAUGCACAUACAACAAAGAUUGUCAUUAAGUCAUUUCUUGGCUCUGCUUGCAUUCAGCACUUGUUCUUGAGCAGCUUUCUUUGCUUUUACCAUCUCGACAAGUUCCUAGGAAGGGAGAAAGGAAGUUGUCAGAAUUUAAAAACAGACAUUUUAAUCUAGUGUUUGGUAUAAAGAAUUCAAACAACUAAGACAGUACUAAGUAUACCAAUUUCACUGCCUGCCAGGGCCUAGAAAGUUUCUAAAGUUGCUCAUUUAUUCCUAAUAAUAUUGGCCCUAUAACUACUGGUGUUGAAAUAAGCACUAUAUUAUUAACCACUUAAUAUAAAAUGUGAGCUAUAUAACCCACGUAAAAUUUAAAAUACAACAAUCUAUAAACUCUUAAGUCUGCAACCUUAUAUCGUUUCAUGCAGUCCUUCUUUGUCCUGCCAGGCACUGCUUCUGCUAUUUUUUCCCAUCUUUCAGGUGUAUUUACUGGGUAUGUUUUCAAAGCUUGUUCCAAAAGCUUCUGUUCUUCUGUUGUCCAAGGGGUGAAGUCCGUAUAUGGACCUGUUUAAGAAAAAUUUUUAUUUGAAAACUGUCUUGUUCAGAACAUGUUCCCAGACAAGUCUUGUGGUCCACAAGUGUCCGCUAAGUGCCCAUUUCAGUCUAGGAUGUGUCAUUUUGAAAUAAACUUACAGAGAUGAGAGAUACAUAUAUCCCUCUGAGUGUUAAGAAGAGAAAAAACUUUAGAUGACUCCCAUCCCAGAAAAUAAAAUCUCAAAGGCUUUUUAAAACACAAGAGUAAAGAUCUGCCUUGUACUGUUUAUCUCUUAUAAAUCAAUGUAAUAUACCCACUAGACUGGAAAAAAGCCAUAUUUAAAUUUAUAGUACUGUUGGACUCUCGGGCUCAAAAACACAACCACAAUUCAUUGAGAGUUCUGAUAAAUCUACUUCCUUACAGGAUAGGUAAAAGAGCUUCCUCACAGUUAAACUUUUGCUGGAUAGAAACCCUGGAAACCAUUUUUGUUUUACACUGAAGGAAACAAACCUAGCAAAAUUAAGCCAAGUGCCCAAGGUACCAGUGCCGAAGAGGCAAGCUGAGAUUAGAUUGUGUUGUAGUGUGGUGUUCUCUUCACCACAUCUGCUAAAAUCUUGGGAGCCAAUGCUGAACAUUUCCAAUAACUGCUAUUGUGGUUUUUCAACUAAACCUUUAAUAUUUCAGAAAACAUCUAAGAUGUGUGUCAGAAACAAAUGUAUUUCUUAAGGAUGUUAAGUAUUACACAGUCCACUUGUGUAGGUAAAAGGAGAAUGUUAAGUGGCAGAGAGCUGAUUUGGUUAAGUCAAUGGACUUCUGGCAAUUUAGUUAUUUCAGACUAUGCAGUGACAACACAGACUUAAUAUUACCAGUACCCUGACUACUACUUGAAACUGCAUCCUGUGAGAUCUGUCACAAAGUUAAGCCUAGAAACCAAAGUUCCUUUCCAAUUAAAGAAGGAAAAAAAAAAA